CGUCUGCGGAUCAGCUGUUGUCGCGCAUGUGCACUGGGCAGCUGCGGGGUCCGCCAGCGCUCGACGCACCCCUUCGCGCAGUGGCGCGCUGAGAGCCGGGCCGCGCGUACGUGCGAACCGCGUGUUGUGUGCCUAUAGUUAGCGCGCCCCACUGGGCUCGCAGCCAGCAAGCAUGGACGCGGUACUGGCGGCGCUCGUCGCGCUCAUGGCACUGGCUGCCGCGAUGGCGGCCGUGCUGAGCACCCUCUCCAAAGCGGCUAUCUUCGCUCUCCUCGCGAUCGCACCCUGCGUCUACGGAUACAGGAAGCGUAUUUACGUUAUAAUCAAAACCCUGCCACGGGAUCUCAAGUUCCUUUGGCGAUAUGCGAACGGCAUGGUCAGGUCGAAAAGCUGGGGCCGGCAUGACGCUACCGUGGCACAGCUCUUCACGAAACGCGCGCUCAAAACCCCUGACGCGCCGUGCUUCAUCGUUGUUGGAGACAGGACCUGGACCUUCAAAGAGAUGGCCGCCAAGUCGAACCAAGUGUCGCGCGUGAUGCAAGAGCACCUAGACCUGAAACGCGGUGACGUGGUGUGCGUGUUCAUGCCCAACUGUGCGGAGUAUGUCUGGACUUGGCUGGGCAUGGCCAAGGUGGGCGCCGUGUCCGCGCUCAUCAACAGCAAUCUCAGGCACAAGCCACUGCUGCAUUGCAUACAAGUCGCUAAAGCGAAGGCGAUUAUAUUCUCAGACCAGCUGGCUAGUGCCGUGGAAGAGGUCCGCGGUCAGCUGCCUUCGGAUCUGAAACUGUUCCAACUGUACGGGCAGUGCGCCCCAGGGGUGGUUGACCUGACCGCCGAGAUGGAGAAGCACCCUCCUGAAUACCCCAUCGUCACGGAGCAACUCCACUACAAAGAUACGCUGUUGUAUAUUUACACUUCGGGCACCACGGGCAUGCCUAAAGCUGCGGUACUGCCGAACUCCAAGUACCUGCUAAUCGUGUGCGCAACUGUACACAUGCUGGGUUUGAAAUCUCGCGAUCGUAUCUACAACACGCUGCCGCUCUACCACACGGCUGGUGGUCUAGUGGGCACGGGCGCGGCGCUCAUCGACGGCAUACCAACCGUCGUGCGCCCGCGCUUCUCCGCGUCCAACUACUGGACCGACUGCAUCAAGUACGAGUGCACGGUGGCUCAGUACAUCGGCGAGAUGUGCCGCUACCUGCUGGCGCAACCGGCGCGCGACACGGACGCACAGCACCGCGUGCGCAUCAUGGUCGGCAACGGCAUGCGUCCCGCCAUCUGGCAGCAGAUCGUUGACAGGUUCAAAGUACCGCAGAUAAACGAAAUCUACGGAGCGACGGAGGGCAACGCCAAUAUAAUAAACGUGGACAACACGCUGGGCGCGGUGGGCUUCCUGCCGAAGCUGGUGCCGACGUGCCUGCACCCCAUCGCGCUGGUGAAGGCAGAUGAACACGGCGGCCUGCUGCGAGGGCCUGACGGGCUCUGCAUCCGCUGCCUGCCCAAUGAGCCGGGGAUGUUCAUCGGUCUCAUUGCGCAAGGCAACGCUUCCAGGGAGUACCACGGAUACGUCGACAAGACCGACAGCAACAAGAAGCUAGUCCGCGACGUGUUCCAAAAAGGCGACGCCGCCUUCGUGAGCGGCGACAUCUUGGUAGCCGACGAGCUGGGCUACCUGUUCUUCCGCGACCGCACGGGCGACACCUACCGCUGGAAGGGGGAAAACGUCGCCACGGCUGAAGUGGAAGACGCCAUGGACCCUGUUCUGGGCCAGAAGGCGUGCGUCGUCUAUGGCGUUUCUAUCCCUCAAACAGAAGGCCGCGCUGGCAUGGCGGCCAUCGCAGAUGCCUCUCGCUCGCUCUCACUGCAACAACUGGCCCGUGAUCUCGACGACUCGCUGCCGUCUUACGCGCGCCCGCUGUUCUUGAGACUCGUCAAGGACAUCGAGAUCACCAGCACAUUCAAGCUCAAGAAGCUGCACUACCAGAAGGAAGGCUUCGACCCCGACGUCAUCAAGGACCCGCUGUUCUUCCGCUCCGGAAACGACUUCGUGCCCGUGACGUCACAGCUGUUCGCCGACAUCUGCGCCGGCCGCGUCAAGCUAUAAGCGACUACCAACCCUAACCGCUGGACAUAAGCACCACUAUGCCUAUGCCAGCAGUGGCAGUGGCUUACCAAUGCGAAUGGAAAGGUAAUGUCGUGCAGCGUAAACAGUUUUCAGCUAUAUAGCUAUAAAAAUAAAGUUGGAAAUUGAUUGCGCUGGAUGACACCUUCAGUUGGUCAAUUAGCGUAGCCGAUUUUCAACUUUUUUUACUUGGCAUUUGAUGCUAGCAUUGGAAAGCCACUCCUCGCCACUCGGCUAGGCCCGCAGGUCUGUUCUCGCUCAGGCAAGAUGGCGCCACGAUCAGUUUGACAGCUGUCACGCCCGAUGCACCAUUGUAACUGCCUGCCAUAGCUCUACAGCUGCAUUAUCCACCUGUCCAGAAGCGACUAAACUUCGUUAAUUCUUCUAGUGAUACAACACAUCAUCGCAAACGCUUUAACUAUAAUUUUCUUAUUCAGCUAUUUACAUAGCUUAUUCUCUCAUUCCCCAUAUAAAUUUAAGUGAGAGAGAUGCCUGUUUCCCGUCAUUACGUACGCUAAUUCACCAAUUACUAUUUAAUGACUAGGGUUUAUGAAAUGUCAGGUCAGGUGAAGCCACAAAGGAGAUCUGUGGACAGUGUGGUCGUAGACCGGUGAACUGAUUGCAAUACACGGUACGUAUUGUACAUCACGAGCCCUGGCGAGUGCAUAUUAAUUAAUAAUAUAAUUAUUAUAGUCAUUUAUCUUAUAAUGGGUGUUUCGAAACCGAAAUCGAGGGAUUCACAUAUUAGAUAAUGGUUCAAAAUGAUCGAGUUGUGAUAUAAUGUACAAAGUUACCAAAAGUUAAGUGAUAACUUGCGAACGAAACGUGAUAACAAUUAUUACGUAACAGUAACAAUUUCUGUACGAAUUCCUUAUAUCAAUUUUGUUUAUUGAACACCAAUAAUAAUUUUACCAAAUAUUUUUUUAACUUUACCAAAAGACUAAUAAAUUACACUUAAAAUGUGCUGGUUUGAAUUUAAAAGUCAAUCGAGUAAUGUUUUGUGUGGUUUAUGUUAGUAAAUAAGUGCAAGUGGGGAUAGUGAACGGAUUUUUAAGAAAGAACAAAUUGUUAAAACCUAUUAUAUUUAUCUGAUGUUUUAACCCUUGAGGAUAAACCAGGUUGAUUUUUUAUUGAUUUUCGACCGUACACAGUAAGGUUUUGAUAAUGGUGGCCACUAUAUUGCCACUGCCUUAACGGGUUAGUAAAAUGUUUCCAAAAUAACGACCAUAAUUUGUAUGCUGUGACAUAAUAUAGAAAUGAUAACCGUAUAAUGUGUAGAUAAAAUUAUUGUAGAUAGAACAUUCCACCAUCUAGUCUAAUAAGAUGUUUUGUUUUGACUUACGCACUUUACUAGAUGAAAUUUUGAGUUCCUAAUUGAAUUAUAUUGCAGGACAACGUCAAGUUUCGGGCACUUAGUAAUUAGGGAUCCUCAUAGCAGUUAUUUGUACUGGUUUAGAAUUUAAUGUAAUUUAUUCGCAUUUUAUCGCAAUAAUUGAGAUAU